CAUUUUGGCUCAAGAGCCUGUUCGCCUGCCCAGGCUGAGCUGGCCGCGGUUCUGCUCCUCCCAUGUCCGAUGCAAUGGCGGAGGCGCUGCUCGGCGCGGUGGUUCGUGCGGGCGGCUCCCGCCAGGUGGUGGCGGCCACGGCGGUCGCCCUGUGGCGCGCGGGUCGCGCUGCGUCUGCCCAGGAGGCUGACGAGAAGGAGGUCCUGGAGGAGGUGGACGCCAGGAUGGGGAUGAUCAAGCCCGUCAUCGCGGCGAAGGUCCGCGCAGCGCACGACGUGGAGCCGUUGCGCCUCACGGGCGAGGACAAGGCCAUCAGGAACGUGGCCGAGCACGCGCUCUUUGGGGAAGGAGCGGAGGCCUUGCCGAAGGAUGGCAAGGAGGCGAAGCGGCGACAGAGAGGCAGGCACCGUGCUGGUGCGGCCCUCCGUGCAGCCGCCACCAGCAGCCAAGUCUCGGACGAGGAGUGCCGCGAGCGGGCGACGAAGAUCGAGGACGGCUGCAUCCAGAAGGAGAAGCUCGAGGAGAAGAAGGACAAGCUCAAGCAGGCGUGGAAGCAGCAGGAGGCCGAGUGCGAUGGCCAGAAGGAGCCGAACCUCUUCGACACUGGGUCCGAGGGCACCGUGGUGGAGGCCCCCUCCCAGGUGGAGAAGGUCGACGAGGUCACGUGCGCGCUCUCCGACCAGCUGGGCUGCAGGGCGGGGCAGGAGUUCACCCGCGACAUCCAGAAGUGGGCCAUGGAAAUCAUCAACUUGGAGGCGCAGCUCGAGUGCGCCAAGGAGGCCCAUGCGAAGGCCAUCCAGGAGGCGUUCGACGAGGGCGACCUGGACCCGAGGGCCUUCCUGUGCGACGAAGAGUGCAAGACCGAGCACCCUGACUAAGACUCGGCCGCGGCGCUCUUCGGCCAGUUCGUGGUGCUGUACCCGGCUGGUUCAGGCGGUGGGGGCCCGCUAUUCCCCUAGCGACUUCGGCUUCGCUAAGAGGUCGCUCUACGUCUGACGGUGGGGGACCGUAACCCCCGUCGGCGUGCUCGGCGUGGACGGCUGAGCUGGAGAGGAAAGGA